AUGGAAUAUCAAAAAAUUACUGCAACAUUAAAUUCUGAGUUAAAACAGAAGUAUCAAGACAUUGAGGAAAUGCAAAUUCUAAAAGAAAAUUUAAGAAAAUUCAAAUGUAAACAUUAAACUUAUAUUACAUAGUGGAUGCAAAUCUUAAAUAAAUUAAGUAAGAAAAGGUCACAAAGCUUUGUGAGAAAAUAAAAGAUGCUGACUCUAAUCGAACAACAAAGAAAAAAUAUGAAAGUGUAUUGAAAGAAAUAAGAGAAUGUGAUUUAUCAAAGUAUUAAUAGGUUAUAAAAUUAUAGAUCAUUAUAAGAAAUCGCAAAUACUAUAAUUGACUGUUAAUUACAUUAAUCUAAUGUUAAAUUUUUUGUAGAAUUAUGCACAGUAUUAAAUAGUUAUGAAGAAUUUACUAAUAUACUUUUAUAAACAGCUUUAAAACAUAUUAAAUUAUUGGAAAAAAAAGGAGGAAAUUAUGAGAAUGAAGAUAAAAGAGCUUAAAAAAGAAAAAAUCUUUUGAGACUAUUUGGAGAAUUACAUUAAUUAAUAAUUUAAAAUGAUUAAUUUGCUGAAAUUUUGAGAAUGCUUCUUCCAACAGGUUAACCUUUAGAUUAUUUACUAAUAAAUAUAUAAGUGAUGACUAAUUUUAUGAAUCAUUUUGGAUAUGAAUAUUUUGGAUAUCACAAAUAUGAAACCAGAAAAGAUUUAAUUGAUAAUCCAGAUUUAGAAAAAAUAUUUAGAGAUAAAAAACAUAACAAGACUAUUAAAACCAUAUUAAACGAAUAUAUUACAUAUAUUGAAAAAAUGCUGAUUGAUUUAUACAAUCAAAUACAGAAAUUAACUGAAAAUCAGAGUGAUUAAUCAGACAAUUAAAAAAUCAAAGAAUUAAAAGAUAAUUUUAUAAAAUUAAAAGACAAUUAUAGAAUCAUUAAAGAUUGUGUUGGUGAUUUUAAUCCAUAAAAUACUGAUUAAGAUAAUGAAAUUUUAAAUUUAAAUGGUAGAGACUUUUAAUAAACAAACAGUGAUGACACUGAUUGUUUUUUAGAAGAUGAAAGAAAAUUAUAUUGUUAAUUAAUUACUAUAAAUAAUCCACCUGAUUCAAAUUAAGUAACACUUUAACAAAAUCAGAAGUAAAAAGAUUGUUCAUCAAUAGAAAUUGUUGAUUAGAUGGCAUUGGAAUUUGUUAAUACAAAAUAGAAUAGAAAAAAACUUUUAGAAGAAUUGCAAAAUUUUAAAUAAAAUUAUACAAUUGUUAUUCCUUAUUAAUGUCGCUUAUUUGCAACUUUAUGCAAAUAUUACAAAGAAUUUGAAGAGGAAGUUAUUAAAUCAUUUCUAGAAUAAUACAGAUAAAUCAAAUCUAGUGAUUACAUAGAAAGAAAAAGUAGAUAUCUUAGAUAUUUAUGUGAAUUAACAAAAUUCAAAAUUUUGAAAUAAGAUAUAAUAUUAGACAUUUUAGCUUAAUUACUUGAAGAUUUGAUUGGUUAAAAUGUAGAAUUAAUAGCUUUAAUAUUAAAUAAUUGUGGACGAUUUUUAAAAUACUCUGGAGAAUCAUGCAAGAAAUUUGAAUAUUUACUCACUUAGUUAGAUAAAUAGAGAAAAUUAAAGCCAUUAGGUUAAAACCAUGAUAGUAUAUUCACUUAAGCACUAUUGAGUUUUGAUAGAUAAGCUAAACCAAAAAAAGAAAAAACAUAAUUACAAAAGUUCAUAAAGUUUAUCAUUUUUGAUUAAUUAGAUAAUUUUAAUAGUGCCUUUGAAAGUAUGGAAAAACUUCCUUUAAAUGAUUAAAAUUGUAAACAAUAUUUGAUUAAAUAAUUAUUUAAAAUAAGCAUAAAAGGAAGAUACUCAUCAUUAAGUUUAGUAGCAUGUCUUUUAGCAGCCCUAAAAGAAAAAUAUCCUGAUAUUACAGGUUAAGUAGUAGAUUGCUUAUUAGAUGAAAUUUUAUGUGGUUUAGAAGAUAAUAAUAUCAAUAAAAGGUAGAGAAGAAUAACAAUAACAAAAAUGAUUGGAGAAUUAUAUACUUACAAUAUUAUAGACAAAGAGUUACUAUUCAAGCUUCUUUAUUUGAUUAUAGAAUUCGGACAUGCUUCUGAUAUCUCUUAAACUGAAUAAGACUUAAUAGAUCCUCCUGAAGAUUCUUUUAGAAUCAAUUAAGUUAUUGGUUUAGUAGAAUCUGUUAGAGAAUAUCAUAAAUAAUUGAAAAGUGAUUUAUUAAAGUUCUUGGUUUAAUUUUAAAGAUAUGUUCUAUCAAAACGAUAUCUACCGUAGAUUGUUGAAUUCUCAUUACUCGAUUUGUAUGAAAUUAUAGAUCCAAGGCUUGCAAGAAUUAAGACUAUUAAUCAAGCUGAGCAAAUAUUUUAAUCUAAUAAUAUUGAAGAAGCAUUAUCGAGACUUCCAGAUUAAAAUGCUUAAUUAUAAGUUAUUGACAAGAAACUUAUAGAAGAUUAAAAAGAAAUAGAAUUAUAAAUUAAGUUAGAAUAAGAAUUAGAUUUACAAUACUAAUAAUAAAUGAAGGUAGUUUUAUAAAUCUAAUUAGGAAUCAUAAAUGGAAAAUCAAAUCAAAAAAAAUUUUAACUAAAAUAAAAAACAUGUAUAAAUUAAGGGUGCAGGUGAUGUAAAAGUGAUAACAAAAGUAGAAGUUUAGAAUAAUAAAAAAGUAGAUAUUAAUUAAUUAUUUAGAUCAAUUAAGUACCAAAUAAAUAUGUUGGAUUUUCUUAAUGAAGUGCGAUAUUAUUGUAUGAAUGAAUGUUUCUUUAAUGAUUAUGAUGUGAU